AUGGUGCAGAGGAACGCAGGCCAGCUCCGUCGUGAGGAGGCCGGGUGGCGACACCAGGGCGCGGGCGCCGUCUCCCCUCGCGGACCCGGGGUGACGGCGCAUCUGACGCUUCCAAUUGAAGAUUUGUGCAGCCUAGCAUCCCAGUCGCUAACUGUUACGCUGACAGCUGCGGUGCCAGAAUCCACAGAGGAUGUCCUCUUGAAAGGAUUUGCCAUACUAGGGAUGGAGGAUGAAAGAAUUGAAACAGCACAGCAGUUCUUCUCCUGGUUUGCUCAGGUACAAACACAGAUGGAUCAAGAUGAAGGUGCCAAGUAUAGACAGAUGAGGGAUUACUUGUCUGGGUUUCAGGAGCAAUGUGAUGCUAUCUUGAAUGAUGUGAAUAGUGCCCUUCAGCACCUGGAGUCACUGCAAAAACAGUAUCUUUUUGUGUCCACGAAGACAGGAACGCUGCAUGAGGCCUGUGAACAACUUCUGAAAGAGCAGUCAGAACUUGUUGACCUGGCUGAAAACAUCCAGCAGAAACUUUCUUAUUUUAAUGAGCUGGAAAACAUCAAUACAAAAUUGAAUUCCCCUACGCUGUCCGUGAACAGUGAAGGAUUCAUUCCCAUGCUGGCUAAGCUUGAUGAUUGUAUUGCAUAUAUUUCAUCACAUCCAAAUUUUAAAGACUAUCCUGUAUAUUUGACUAAGUUUAAACAAUGCCUUUCUAAAGCUAUGCACCUUAUCAAGACAUACACUGUGAAUACGCUACAGAACCUCACAAGCCAGUUAAUGAAAAGGGAUCCUUCAGCUGUGCCAAAUUCUGACAAUGCCUUCACGCUGUUUUAUGUAAAAUUCAGAGCAGCUGCUCCCAAAGUCAGAACUCUUAUUGAACAAGUAGAGCAAAGAUCUGAAAAAAUGCCAGAGUAUCAACAAGUUCUCAAUGAAAUCCAUCAGUGUUAUCUUGACCAGAGGGAGCUUUUGCUUGGUCCAAGUAUUGCUAGCACUGUUACAGAAUUAACCAGUCAGAACAACAGAGAUCAUUGUGCUUUGGUACGAAGUGGUUGUGCCUUUAUGGUCCAUGUAUGCCAGGAUGAACACCAGCUUUACAAUGAGUUCUUCACAAAACCAACACCAAAACUGGAUGAGCUCUUGGAGAAGUUGUGUCUUUCGUUGUAUGAUGUCCUGAGGCCAAUGAUCAUCCACGUCAUUCACUUAGAGACACUUUCUGAACUCUGCGGGAUACUCAAAAACGAGAUGCUUGAGGAUCACGUACAAAACAAUGCUGAACAACUGGGUGCAUUUGCAGCUGGUGUCAAGCAGAUGUUAGAAGAUGUACAAGAGCGUCUUGUCUAUAGGACGCAUAUUUACAUUCAGACUGAUAUCACAGGCUACAAGCCUGCUCCGGGCGAUCUUGCAUAUCCUGACAAGUUGGAAAUGAUGGAGCAAAUUGCACAGAGUUUAAAAGAGGAACAGAAGAAGCUGCCAUCUGAAGCUUCAUUUUCAGAUGUCCGGCUAGAAGAUCCUGAGUCCUGCAGCUUAGUUAAAUCUGCAGAAUCCCUUAAUCCCAGGCACCAGACCACGAUUUCACCAGCAGAUCUGCACGGAAUGUGGUAUCCUACUGUCAGAAGGACUCUAGUGUGUCUCUCCAAACUGUACAGAUGUAUAGAUAGGGCAGUGUUUCAGGGAUUAUCGCAAGAGGCCUUAUCCGCCUGCAUCCACUCGCUGCUGGGAGCUGCUGAUUCUAUCAGCAAAAACAAGACCCAGGUUGAUGGACAGCUUUUCUUAAUAAAACACCUUUUGAUUCUUCGUGAACAAAUUGCUCCUUUCCACACUGAUUUCACCAUUAAGGAAAUUUCCCUGGACCUUAAGAAAACUAGAGAUGCAGCAUUUAAAAUCCUGAACCCUAAGGCAGUUUCAAGAUUUUUUAGACUAAACAGCAACAACGCCUUGAUACAGUUCUUACUGGAGGGUACUCCAGAAAUCAGAGAACAUUAUAUCGACUCUAAGAAAGAUGUAGAUCGUCACCUGAAAUCAGCUUGUGAGCAAUUUAUUCAGCAGCAAACCAAACAGUUUAUAGAACAGCUGGAGGAGUUCAUGACAAAGGUAGCUGCUUUAAAAACAAUGGCCACUCAGGGGGGUCCCAAGUACAGCCUUUCGCAGCAACCUUGGGCGCAACCAGCAAAGAUCAACGAUCUGGUCUCUUCCACUUAUAAGACAAUAAAAACAAAGCUGCCGUCAACGUUACGAAGCAUGUCGUUGUACUUGUCCAAUAAAGAUACAGAAUUAAUUUUGUUUAAGCCAGUUAGGAAUAACAUUCAGCAAAUGUUCCAGAAACUCCAUGCUGUGUUAAAGGAAGAAUUUAGUAAUGAAGAUCUCCAGAUCAUAGCUUGUCCUUCAAUGGAACAGGUGAACUUACUUCUAUCGAUGUCCAAGUAG